AUGACUACUGGUCUACUUACAGAAGUACCUGCGGGAAGAGCAAACAGUAAUGGCGACGAUCCAAACAAUUACGCCGAUAUCAACGAGCCAAAAGAUUGGAUGAGUGAAAAAACUGAAGCAAGCAGUGAAACUGCACUGGAAAAUUCGAAUGAAAAUGUGACGUUCACUGAGGAUUCUGGAAAUGUGGGGAGUGAUGACGACAGCGAGCGUUCGUUGGAGUAUUCGUGUUGCACUUGCAAAUCCGGAACUCUUUCUGGAUGUUUGUUUUUCGAAUUGAAUUCAAGACAAUUUUUCGAUUCUAAAUGA